AUGGAUAAGACAACCACUCUGCUUUCCUCGCUCUUGUUCUUGUUCACAUUCCUCACGACCUCUUUCUCUAAAAAUCUAUGCCACAAAGAUGACAAAAACACCCUCCUCAAGAUCAAGAAAUCUCUAAACAACCCUUAUCACCUAUCCACGUGGGACCCGCAGAGCGACUGUUGCUCAUGGUACGGCCUCGAGUGCGGCGACGCCACCGUUAACCACCGUGUCAUCUCCCUAGCCAUAUUUUCCGGCCAGAUAUCCGGUCAGAUCCCGCUUGAAGUCGGCGACUUACCGUAUCUACAGACCCUUAUCUUCCGCAAACUCACUAACCUCACCGGUCAAAUCCCACCAACCAUCACCAAGCUCAAGAAUCUCCGUUUUCUCUGGCUUAGCUGGACGAAUCUUACCGGUCCGGUACCUGGAUUUUUGAGUCAGCUCAUGGAACUUGACUACUUAAACCUUUCCUUCAAUGAACUCUCUGGUUCCAUACCAAGCUCUCUCUCUUUAUUACCUAAACUCAAGUAUAUUGAUCUUAGUAGGAACAAGCUUACAGGUUCGAUACCAGAGUCAUUUGGGUCGUUUCCAGGAACAGUCCCUGACCUUUACCUGUCACACAACCAGCUCUCCGGUUCGAUUCCCAAAUCACUAGGCAACCUCGACUUUAACCGGAUCGAUUUCUCCUGGAACAAACUCGAAGGUGAUGCUUCACUCUUGUUUGGAGCCAACAAAACGACAGGGUACAUUGAUUUAUCAAGAAACAUGUUUCAGUUCGAUCUCUCCAAGGUUAAGAUCCCUAAGACACUUGGUAUCUUGGACUUGAAUCACAAUGGCAUCACAGGGAAUAUUCCGGUUCAGUGGACCGAAGCUCCUCUUCAGUUCUUCAACGUUAGCUACAACAAACUGUGUGGACGUAUUCCCAGUGGAGGGAAACUUCAGACAUUUGAUUCUUCUUCAUAUUUUCACAAUAAGUGUUUGUGUGGUGCACCUCUUAAGAGUUGCAAGUGA